CAAACAGUAAAGUUUCAGCGGAUACAUCCUGUGCAAAGUGUCACCGAGAGGCAAAGUACGUCAGGUAAUUAGACCUGCGGUGGGAAAGCAGAGGAACACAGCAUCAUAUGGGGAAAAGCUUGCAAACCCGUGAACUGACACCUCCGCCUUCAAAUUUAUUAUAAAGGAAUUAAUAUUGAGAUAGGAGUACAAGUCAAGCUCGGACAUCAUCAUUAUCAUUGGUAGCUGGAAUGUCUAGAGGACCUUAUAACUGGCCGCAAACCACUGUCCCUGAGAUGCCCUGGCUAAUAUGACGCUAAAAGAUUCAACGACUUUUCAAUAAGCCGGAGUUACAAACGUACAUCUGUGCAGCCUCCCUUUCACCAAUAUCCUCUAACACUUUGUUCACACGACGGCUCUUACCUGAUGCAGCUAUGCAUCUAGAGGUUAAGGUCGCCCUCAACUUUAUCGUGUCCUACCUGUACAACAAGCUGCCUCGCCGUCGAGCUGAUCUGUUUGGUGAGGAGCUGGAGAGGAUACUGGUAUCCCGUUUUGAGGGACACUGGUAUCCUGAGGCCCCCCUCAGGGGAUCUGCUUUCCGCUGCAUCCACCUGGGGGUGCCGAGGGACCCUGUGGUGGAGCUGGCCGCCAAAAGAAGCGGGCUGGACACGGAGGAGGUGUGUGCCAAUGUCCCUGCAGAGCUCAGCGUUUGGAUUGACCCUUAUGAGGUUUCCUACCAAAUUGGAGAGAAGGGGGCAGUGAAGGUGCUUUACCUGGAGGACCCUCCAGGCCUCGGCUGUGACACCGAGAGGGCUGAGGCAGUGAACAGAGAAGGUAAAGGAGAUUCGGAGGCUGAAGAGGUUAAGACCUUGGGAUUUAAUCCAGAUGCUCAGGUCUUUGUACCAAUUGGAAGUCAAGCAUCUCCAGCACUCAUGCCAUCCCUCUCAAGCUCUCCCACACCUUUGUCAUCUCAGCCUGGGCUCUUCAGCUACCCUAGCUCCAGCACACCUACUGACCCGGGGGUCCAUUCAUCCAACACCUCCACCCCUUCUCCUCCCAGUGGCGGGUUACCUUACCUCCCCACUCAGCAGCCCCCUCCAGCUCUCCCUCUUGCCCGUCCACAACCCAUCACCUUCACCACCGCAAGCUUCGCUGCCACCAAAUUUGGCUCCAUCAAAAUGAAGAAAUGUAGUGGUGCAGGGUCACCUGCCAGCUCCAGUGUCAUUGUGCCACCUUCGCAGAGGAUGCUCUCCUGCUCUCCUACCACUGUCUCAGCACCAGAGCUGCUAAAGCAUAAGCCCCUGUCGCUCUCUUUGCACUCCCUAGGAGGUCCCAUCCCAAGCCAGCUCUCCCCUAGCGCCAAAGAGUUCGUCUACCCAGUAUCCCCAGGCUCCUUUUUCUUUGACGCGGACACCCAGCCCAUGCAGCCUCAAGCCAGCCCUUUCCAACCCGCACACAACAUCAGCUCCAAUCCAACCUUCGAUCCGUUCACCAACCCUUCUCCUCAAAGUGUGGGCGUCCUGAGCAGCAGCGGAGGAAUGGCUUACGUAGAGAAACCUCCGUUUGACGGUUUAGGAAGCUACGGCCUGCAAUAUCCAAGCCAGUCUUUUCAACCUGUUGUGCUGGCCAACUAAGACUUUGUUUGAAAAAGGAACCUUUGGAGCCAAGAUUGGGUGACUCUCCACAUGUUUCCAGUUUUUCUAACAAAAUAUUAUAAUGCUAACACAUGUCAAGAGUGUUUUGCUACAGAGAUUAAAAAAAAAAAACCUGUCCACUGAACAUUUUGUUUUAUAUCCCUAAACCCUCAUGUUUUAUCUUUUCUGGAUUCAUUUCUGUUAUUCCCAUUGCCAUCUCCAUUGAUAGUUAGGGGGUAAGUUUCUUUCUUUGUUCAGCUCUCGCAGUUCUUCUGUGAUGUGAAACAUUAAUGUUCUACUCCUCCGACGGACCCGUCUCUAGAACUUCUCCAUUUUGCACCGCACUGUCGUGCUGUGAAAAAAGGACUUUGCCAAGUCCUGCAGGGAACGACUGCUGUAGAAAACUCAGCACUUUGCUCCGCAAUCUGCUCUGCCCUACUUUCCACAAAUACACAGGACAAGGAGGGGGGAGUAGCUCUGCUGUCUGUGUGUAGACAUGCUUCGUUUUGUUACGGUUCAAUCGAGGGAGUGGUUGUUUGUCUCUGUUAUCGUCGGAUACAUGUAUAUUGAUAGCUCACUAUCAGCAGCUGGAAUGUGUGUGAGCAAGAAUGAAUGAUGGGCGAGCAGAGGGAAAGAGCGGCAUUGGAGAAAGUAUUGUAUUUGUCGAGGGAAAUUGCUGGAGGAAACCUUUUUGAAUGUGAAAGACGAAUGAAUAAGAAUUCCAACAAUGUUGAUACCUCUAAUAAAAAACACAGGGAAAUGUGCAGACACAAAUGCACCAUAUGCAUCGAUGUACACGAUAUUCCAGUCAGCAGCGUCUGAAGGUGAAUGGGCAGGGGGUUGGGGGGCAGGGGGGAGGCUGGGUGCAGCAGCUAAGCAGUAGGGAUUGUGAUAAAUGGCUUAGCAUGACUUUGACUAUGAAGGAGAGGUUUUCCUCUGCAUGGAGAAAGAGGGAGGGAGAUGGGAGAGAAACUUCUAGAUGAAUGUGUUGCUUCUGCGUAGUAGCCAGGGCGUACUGGCUCAAAAAGCGCUACGUUGAAACCCAGAGCACGUUUCUGGUGAACUAAAACAAUACACUAUUCUCUUCUCUCCUCUUGAAAUUCUCCUGCUGUCUCUGUUUCUCAAGCUGUUGCAAGGACAGGAAACACCACUGUACAGUCCGGUUUGCUCCGUCUCUUCUCAGCUGCAGUGAAUUAGGGGGAGCCGGUUGCCGAUGUGAUCUGUGUGCACUGCUUUGUCGGAGAGGGGUGCCAGACAUGUGACUCUCCUGGCAUUCUAUGUGCAAGGUUGUAUGUUGUCAUUAGUUACCACAGGGAAAGGUUAACCUCCACAUGUCCAGUUGUUCAGCACUUUAUCACUGGGUCUCCUAAUGUCACCACAGCCAUCAGCACUAAACCCAUCUGUUACCGUUUGCUUGGUGGUUGCACAUUUUUAUUCAGAUAACAUGAAAUGCAUUGGAAGAUUAUUAGAUUAUUAGAUUAGCCAAUUUGCAUUGCGUUGUGUUAGAAAAGUAAGGUGAUCCCAUCAGACCUUUUCCUUAAUGUUUGAAUAUUUUCCAGAGGUGUUGCCAUCUUUUUAUUGUAAUUUUGACUUAAGUUGGCAUAAGGACCCAAAAAUCGAAAGUUGGGUUUUUUUUUUUUCUUUUUUGCGAAGAUUUAGGACUCUAAUUAUCUUCAAAUGGUAUCUGUUUAUAUAUUAUUUUCCUAUUUUUCAAAUGACCCUGUUGCAUUUGUAUUGGUUAGGGAUUGUGACUGCAAGAUUGAGUAUAUAAAGUUCUCAUAUUCAGAUUCUUUAGUUUUGUACAUCCUAAAAGUUUUCCUUUUUUUAUUUUAAAAAACUUAUGAAUAUAUAUGCAAACUGAGACAAAAUAAAGAUGUACAGAAUAAAGUAUUGAAUGUGUAUUGUACCUUGUACAGUAUUUGUCUCGUAUAAGGCGGGUAUGUUUUCUCUUCUUGAGAUUUGGUUUUAGGAAGUGAAAAAUUACAGUGCAGAAAAAAGAUUGCAGAUAUCACUUUCAUAUAAUGCUACAAUUUUAGCGCGUAAACCAAAAAUCUUCACAGUUGAGCUUUCUUUUUGAUUGCAUUGUCCCUUCCCCACCCUCCUCUAUCAUGCAUCCUCUGCCCAUCAUGUGACCACACCUUCUUUUACUGCCCUAACCUCGGGAUGUGUUGUCCUUCCUUUCUGUAUGCAGACAAUGCCUUGGAGCAGAAUUCAUACUCUUGGAACUUUUUCACAUUUGGUCACAUUACAGCCACAACCUUCAAUGUAUUUUAUUGGGGCUUUUUGUGAUUAACCAACACAAUAUAGUACAUUAUUAUGUGGUUAUACAAACAAUAUUCUGAAAAAUGAGGAGGCCUCUAGCAGGUAUUCUUCCAGGAUAGCUCCGCCCAUUUUCCCAUCAACUUUGACCAUCUUCCUCGUCCCUGUGAAAGAAAAGUACCCCCACAGCAUGAUGCUGCCACCAGCAUGUUUCAACACUGAGAUGGUGUGUUCAGGGAGAUGUGCAUGUUCAGCUAUUGGCACACAUAUUUCACAUAAAGACCAAAAAGUUACAUUUUAGUCUCAAUAGCAUGUUCUUCCUUAUGCUCAUAAUGCCUAAGCUGUGCACCUCUGCAGCUCCUCCAGUUACUUUUAUUUAGGGAUGCUGAAGUACAGGGGGCUUAAUAAAAAAAAUGCAAGCCACAUUUUUUGGAUUUGGAUCUUUAAAAUGACAAAACUGAAAACCAUCUAUAAUGUGUCAACAUUUGUGUUGGUCUAUCCUAUUAAAUCCUCCAAAAUUACAUUGAUGUUUGUAGUUUUAAUUAGACAAACGUUGAAAGGGUUAUCAAUUUUGCUGCAAGCUACUGUUAUGUUAUUUUUAUCUAAAUUCUAUGCUUAGACAUGACUUAUUUUGCUAGCAAAAUCCAGAAAUUUCUAAUCAUUCUCUCCUCGGUCAGCCAGGACCUUUUCAGGUUCCUAAACUAAAGCCAUAUUCCCUGCUGUCUUUGCUUACACUGAAACUCGUCCUGCUGUCUGAUGCCAUAAUUUGUACACUGCCCUUCAAGAUUCAAGGGGUCUCUACCUCUCUGCACCCUAGAAAACAACCCCAGUAAUUGCUUCCUGUAGAAAGCUGCAGCUGUGAAAGUUUUGGGAGGAUGGAGGAAAUAAAAUGUAACGUGAAUGUGGUCCAGUUUUAAUUGUCUACCCUGGUUUAAGUAGUCUGCAGAAAAGAGGAACUUGUCGAGUCAUGUCUGAAAAACAAAUUAAAUCUAGGUUUUCAUUCACCUCUUAUUUAUGAUGUGGAAAUGAUUGCAUUGGAUGGUGUUAUAAUGCAGACUGCUCUAAAAGCAGGGUUGAUAGUUGAUGAAGAUGGGAAAGAUUUUUUUUUAAUAUGAUGUCCUCUGCUUGUACCAAUGUGUGCAGUUUAUUUUGCACCUGGGACUAUUUAUUUGUGAUAAAAGAAUCUUAUUUUCUAUGUACACUUUGACAAGUAAAGGUAAAAUUGAUUAAGAGUUUAAAUUAUAUAUAAAUAAAGCUCUGUUUCCUCCCUGUAUUUUAUUAUUUCUUUCCUAUUUUGUAUCUGAUCUGUACACCCUGUAGAUCUCCAAUGAACCUUUCACUACUUAAAUGCAAUGACCUGUUUUCUGUGCCACCCCUUGGGAAAUGGGGAGUUACUAUAGCAGUUUCUUACUGUAUCAGAUUCUUUUUUUAAGUUUAUAAUAAAAAACAGACUGGCAAAAAAAAAAAAGAAGCAUGGAA